UUUCCAUGCCCUCGGGCGCUCCCCUCCAAAUUAAAGCAUGCGCCACUUUCCAGCAGGGAAACUCCCAACUAGGACCUGGGGUAAGACUCAGGCGGGGCCCGGUUGCGGUGUAUGGCGGGAGCGGUAGUCCUCCGACCGCCUCAGAAAACGCUCGUGUACUCUGAACGGACUACAUUUCCCGGCGUCCCCUUUUCCGCCACCUCCUCUGGGGCGCGAAGCUCGCCGGGAGCGGUAGUCUCCGCUUGUUUGUUUUCGCCGCCGGGGGCCCGCGCGGCCUGGAGGUAAACAAACUCGCUUUCCCGUGGUGCUUUGCGUCCGCGCCGCGGCGAGCGAGCCGAAGGCUGCGACCCUGUCGGGGGCGGGGGACGGAACAGGGCGGGUCGAGGCGGAGGCGGCGGACCAAGAUGGCGGCAUCUGGCUCGGGGGCCGCGGCGGGAGCCGGGCCGAGCUCGUCUUCAUCGUCCGCCGGCGGCGGUUGCGCUGCCGGGGGGCCCUCUUCCGCCGCCGCGGCCGCCGCCGCGGCCGCCUCGAACCCGCGCAAGUUCAGCGAGAAGAUCGCCCUGCAGAAGCAACGGCAGGCCGAGGAGACGGCGGCUUUCGAGGAGGUGAUGAUGGAGCUGGGCACGACGCGGGUAAGACGGACCGGCGGACGGCUCACGGGGAAGCACACGGGGCAGGGCGAGCGUGUUAAACCACCGUGCCCUCCGCCCUCAAUCGCCCACAACCUCUGGUUUCUGAUACUUCCUCAGGGGUUCCUGGGCGGGAGGGGGUUUUUUGCGCAAGAGAGUUCAGAACUAAAACCCGCCACCUGCUGGCUGUUCUGCCUCCGUUUGCACGCUGUUUCCUUUGCCACCAGAACAAAUUCCGACUCUGCCCUGCACACGAGCGUGAUGAACCCCAACCCACAAGAUGGGUACCUGGGCCCCUCCCAGGGCAUCCCCCCUCCGAACCGCAAGACUGGUUACCUGGACGGGGACGUUGAUAGCAAAGUGUUUCUUUUCCAAGUGCCUUCCAUUAAAGAGAGCCUCCCAGAUGACGGCAAGCAGCUGUUGAAACCCUGGGAUACCAAAAAGCUCUCCUCAUCGUCCGCCCGUCCAAGAUCCUGCGAGGUUCCUGGGAUCCAUAUCUUCCCGUCCCCGGACCAGCCUGCCAAUCUGCCUCUGAUCCCCACGGCCCUUAACACAGGGGGCUCCCUCCCGGACCUCACCAACCUGCACUUUCCGUCCCCGCCCACUUGGACGGGAUCAGCGACUCUCAACCUGAGCGGCGGGAGCAGCACCGGCAACCUGGCCAGCACCAUGACGCACCUGGGCAUCAGCAGCAGUAUGGGGCUCGGACAUGGCUACCUUACUCUUCCGGGCUGUGCUCACCAAUGCAGAGCUCCCUCAGCAACUCCUGCAUCCAGUCUGCCAGCAACCCCUUCUUGCCUGCAGGGGUUCAGUAACCCCUCGCCAAGCCCUCUCCCCAGCAGCUCUUCCUCCUCCAUCCUCCUCCAUGAGCAACCAAUCCUCCCUCCUCCCUCAGCACCUCCCUCGCCUCCUCCCUCCUCAGCAACCCUCCCUCCCACCUCCCCUGAGCAGCCACACGCCUCUCGCAACCCCGGGCCAGUCCAGGCAGCCCGCUCGGCAGCCCUCCUCCUCCCGGGCUUCCUCCCCACUCUCGGGCUCCUACACUCCCCCCUAACUUCCGGCAGGGUCCGGGCCUUCAGCCCUCACCUCCCAAUGGGUGGAGACUCGAGAAGGCAGCACCCAAAACAGUUUUCGCCAACUAUGCCACCCACAUUGUCCUCCAUCACACAGGGGGUGCCGUUGGACACCAGCAAGCUGCCCGCCGACCAGCGGCUCCCGCCGUACCCUUACAGCCAGCCCGGCAUGGUUCUCCAGCAGAGCCAGAAGGCCCUCCAGCCCCAGCAAGCACAGAGCACGGCGGUUUCGCAAGCGGGGCGGCAGCUGCCGUCCUCCCUGCCCCUGCAGUCGCAGUGCUCGUACCCCUCGCAUUACCAGUCCGGUUCGGUGCUGCAGCACCAGCUCAACCAGCCGCUGGGUGACUUCGGCCUGGGCAGCUUCGAUCAAUACGGCAUGGUGGAGAACAUGCCGGGGGGCUACGGAUUCAACAACAGCGCCUUCCCGGAAGACCUGGGUGCCUUAAACUACCCUAUGGGGGACAACAUGGGGCUGUCAGGGGGCGGCGGCGGCGCACACGACCCCCAUCUGCUCAACCGCCAGAACCUGAGCCACUGCAGCCGCCACGGCCCCAUUCCCAACAUUAUCUUCACAGAGGAAUCCCCACCAGGCAUCUCCAAGGAGAUAGCCAACGUUCUGGCCGGCAUGCCUGGUUUUGAAGUGGACUCCUCCCUGGGCUUGGACGAGGACCUGAAGAUCGAGCCGCUGACAUUGGACGGACUGAACAUGCUGAACGACCCGUACACCCUUCUGACCGACCCGGCGGUUGAGGACUCCUUCCGCACUGACCGGCUUUAGUGGGGGGGAGGGGAGGAGGACACUUCCGAGAACGCCCGGCAAGGGCAGGCCGUCACAAGCCACAGAGAAACAAAAGGCCGGUCCCCGCUGCCGAUGCUCCGGGCGUCGGUCGGGCAGGACAUUUGGGGGAGCGGGCAGAGACUGUGCGCGCCUCCUCCCGUCACGGCGCCCUUUCUUAGAGAUUAUCUGUGGCUUCUAGCUCACGACGACUUGCUCCGGAAUCAGGUUCCGCAAAGAUCUCUUCUGCAGCACUGGAUAGCAGAGGACCCGAGUGGCUGGGGAGAUCGGUCCUGGAGCCCAAGAGGCUGCUGGGAAGGUUGCAAACGAUGGCCUCGCAGUCCUGAGCAAGGGAGAAAUUCUGGCAGUUAAAACCCUCCAAAUUGUGCAUUUUGGGUUGGGGGGACGGACAGACUGAGUCGAAGAGUAGCAUUCUUGCCCCCCCCCCCCCCCCUGCACCAAGGGAUAUUUGUGUGUGUGUGUGAACCCGAGGCCAGUGUCUGCCCCCAGUCCUCACCAGUUCCAGCCAUUUCUUUGCCCCCGGGUGUGCGCGUUACGUACACCUACACAACUAACUAACAACCUUUCGUCCUGAGUCGAGGGGAGGGGCGGCAGUCUUUGGGGAGGGGGGGGGGAUUUCUUUUGCAAAUUACGUUUUUUAAAAUUCUGUACAUAACUCUUCUAUUCUGUCUCGCCUCUAAUCCCCCCCCCUCCAGCUGCCAUGUACAGGGGAGGGAAGUAGAGGGGGGGGCGUGUCUUGUAAAGCACUUGCAACUUUGCGUUCUUAUUGUCCGGUGUCUGUACUUGAGUUGAGGGGGGGCCAGGGGAGGGCGGGGGCUGUGGGACGUGGCAGUUACCCCCCACACCCUCCUCCUCUCCCCCCGCUACGAAUGAGAAAUACCAGAGUGAUUUUAUUAUUUUUUUUUAAUAUAUUAUAUGUUAAUUAUAAGAAG